AUGAGUCGUGCUGAAGUUGAUUUACAAACAAGUGUUAAAAAAGCUUGUAAUGGUGAUGAAGUACCACCGAAAAGAAAACAUGUUAGAGCUUGUAUUGUUUAUACUUGGGAUCAUAAAAAUUCUCGAGCCUUUUGGAAUGCUGUUAAAAUUCAACCAUUACAAAGUAAUGAAGUUCAAUUAUUUAAAGCACUUAUUAUGAUUCAUAAAGUUUUACAAGAAGGACAUCCAAACACUUUAAAAGAUGGAUUUAGAAAUCGGGAUUUUAUUGCUUCUUUAGCUACAGUUUUCCCUAGUCAUGGAAGUGCUUAUGGUAGAUUAAUUAAUCAAUAUGAUAAAUAUAUUCUUCAAAAAUUAGAUUUCCAUCGUAAUAAUCCUGGAUUUAAUGGAACAUUUGAAUAUGAAGAAUAUAUAUCAUUAAGAGCCGUUAAUGAUCCUAAUGAAGGUUAUGAAGCAUUAUUACAAUUAAUGGAUCUUCAAGAUCUGAUUAAUGAUUUACAAAAACUUAUUUUUGCCACAAUUAAUCAAAGUCAUAGUAAUUUAUGUAAAGUUAGUGCUUUGGUACCAUUAAUUGCUGAAUCUUAUGGAAUUUAUAAAUUUUGUAUUUCUAUGCUUAGAGCCAUGUAUCAACAAUUAGGAGAAGAUGAUGCAUUGAGUGGAUUAGUUGAACGAUUUGUUUCUCAACAUUUUAUGCUUAGAGAUUUUUAUACUGAUUGUCAUGCCAUUAAAUUUUUAACUAGUUUGAUUACUAUCCCUAGAUUACCUAAUAGUGCUCCAAAUUUGAAAAUCACUGAUGAUGGUCAACCAAUUUCUAUUUCUAGACCUCGUUCUGUUAGUACAACUGAUACUAAUAAUACUCCACAAUUGUUGUCUUCACAACCUACAUCAACAAUGGCUCCUCCUCCUCCUCCUCCUGCAGUUGAUCAAUUAGUAGGUCAACAAACUGGAUAUUUGUAUCAACAACAACAAGAACAAGAAAGAAUCCAACAACAAUUGGAAUUACAACGUCAACAACAAAUUCAACAACAACAAGAACAACAAAGAUUAUUUGAACAACAACAACGAGAUCAAGAAGCAAGAUUUAUACAAGAACAACAAGCUCUUCAAAUGCAACAAACUCAACAACAACAACAACAACAACAACAACAUGUUGGAAGAGUUUCUGAAUUGGAACAUGAUUUAUUAAUGUUUAAAAAUCAAUAUGAUAAUGAUCAACAAUUAUUACAACAAUAUGAUUCUCGAGUUAAAAGUUUAGAAAAUGAAAUGAAUGCUCUUAAUUCAACGGCAACUCAACAAAUUGCUUCUAAAGAUGAACAAAUUAAAAAUUUAGAAGAUCAAAUAAGUAAUUGGACGAAAAAAUAUGAAUCACUUGCUAAAUUAUAUUCUCAAUUACGUCAAGAACAUUUAAAUUUAUUAGCUAAAUUUAAAAAAAUUCAACAAAAAAUUAGUAGUGCUCAAGAACUGAUUAUGAAGAAAGAAAAAUUAGAAAAAGAUUUAAAAGCUAAAAAUGUUGAAUUAGCUGAUUUAAUUCGGGAAAGAGAUAGAGCAAGAUUAGAUUUAGAUCGAUUAAAAAUUAAUAAAGAUCAAGAAAUUGAAAAACUUGAAAUUGAAAUUCGACAAUUAACUUUAACUCAACAAGAAUCAGGGAAAUUACAAAAUUUAAAUCUUUCUAAUAUUAUGAAUCAACAUGAAAUUGAAUUAAAUAAAUUGAAAAAUCAAUUAGCUGAAAGAGAAUUAAAAUUAACUAAUUUAGGUGAUUCAGAACAACUUCAAACAAAAUUAAAAGAUACAGAAAUGGAAUUACAAAUUACUAAUGAAUCAUUAGAUAGUGCUCUUGCAGAAUUACAUCAAACUAAAAAAGAUCAAGAUGAUAUUAUUAAUGCUCAAAUUGAUCAUAUUUUACUUGCUAAUGUGGAAAAAUUUAAAAAUCUUAUUGAUAUUUUUUUAGAAAAUAGUAUUAAAAGAAUAUUAGAUACUAAACAUGAAUUAAUUUCUUCAGUUCAAGCAGGAAAUUUAAAUGCUACUCCAGAAUAUUUAUUAUCAAUUAUAGAACUUUGUUCAGAUACUAGUACUGAUUUUGCUACUAUUUUCAAUAGUUUUAUUGCUGAAGAUAGAAAUGAAGAUGAAUCAAAUUUUUCUGAUAUAAUUUUAAUUACUUCAUCUUUAACAUCAAUUAUUAAUGAUUUAACAUUAAAUGCUAAAGGAUUGACAACGAAAAAAUUUUUUGGUUUUAGUAAUGAUAAUAAAAUUGAAGAAAAAAUUUUAUCAUUAAUUUCAAAAAUUUUGGAUAAAACAAUUGAAUUUUUCCAAAAUUUAAAAUCAGAAAAUUUGAAUAAAUUUAAUGAUAUUGAUGAUAAAAUAGAUAUAGUUAUUGAUGGGAAUUAUCAUUUACAAACUUUACUUAAAGAUUUAGGUCAAUAUAUUGAUACAUUAACAAUUAAUAAAAUUCAUAAACAAGAAAAUGAUAAUGAUAAUUUAGAAGAAUUAGUUAAUGAUGAAAUGGAACAAACUGUGGAAACAAUUAAUUUAGCUUCCAAAUUUUUAAAUGAUUUAAUGAAAAAUCCUAAUAAUAUAUAUGGUGAUAAUUUAGAAAUUCAUGAAAUGUUAUUAACAUGUGCUAAAUCAAUUACUGAUGCUGUAGCACAAUUAAUCAAAUCAUCAAUACAAUCUCAACAAGAAAUUAUUUUGAAAGGUGGUACAACCAAAAAUGAUUUUUAUAAAAAAAAUAGUCGUUGGACUGAAGGACUUAUUAGUGCAUCAAAAGCAGUUGCUGGAGCUACUAAUGUUUUAAUUCAUAUUGCUGAUGGGGUACUUAAACAAUCCAAUUCUCAUGAAGAAUUAAUUGUUGCAUCUAAUGAAGUUGCUGCUUCAACUGCUCAAUUAGUGGCAGCAUCAAGAGUGAAAGCUAAUUUUGUUUCUCAAACUCAAGAUAAUUUAGAAAUUGCUUCAAGUAAUGUUAGUAAAGCUUGUAAAUCACUUGUUUCUAAAGUUGAAGGAUUAAUUAACAAAAAAGGUCAAGAAGAAGAGGACCAAAAUAUUGAUUUGACUAAACUUACUCCAUAUGAAGGUAAAACUCUUGAAAUGGAACAACAAGUGAAAAUUCUUAAAUUAGAAAAUUCAAUUUUAGCUGCUCGUAAAAGACUUGCUGAAAUUAGAAAACAAGAAUAUAAAACUCCAGAAACUGUUUUUGAAUAA